GAAGCAAUUGUCUUGAAAAUUUUUCGUCUAAUAGUCCCAAUUUAGUUUGAUACUAGCGAAGGGCCCUUUGAAUUCUUUUUUUCUUUCUCUUUUCUUUAACAGAAAAAAAAAACGUACAACACAUAGUCGGGAAAAGCAUAGCUUAUACGCAACAAAACUUCAAUCAGCUUUAACUUACACGGGAGAGAGUUUUUUGUUCAAAGUUUCAUACAUUUGAAUUUUUUAGUUUUAAAAAAAUAUACAAAGUCGCACUCUCUCUUUCAACAACUCUACAACUUGCAAAGUCGACGCACUAAAAAAAUAAAAUAACAAAGAUAGUCAGUAUUUUUGUUUUUUUUUGGAUUAGUCAAUAUCGUUUUUUUUUGUUUUGCACAAUAUCACCCUGAUAUAACAACAAGCAACCAAACAACAUUACAACAGCAAAAAAAAAAAAGCUCAACAUUACUUAUCAAUGGGAAACAGCUCUUAUCACAAUGAACCUGUACAAUAUAAUGAAGUAUUAGAAGCUGACGCUCCUCAAUACACUUCUGAAGAUGAAAUUCUUGCGUCUUUCGGUUAUAAGCAGGAAAUGCACAAAACAAUGUCAACCAUCUCUAAUUUCGCUAUCGCUUUCGGUUGCUGUUCCAUCUUGUCUGGUCUCACUCCUAUGUGGGGUGAUGCGAUGAUGUCCGGUGGUUCAAUUGCCGUUAUUUGGGGUUGGAUUAUCGUCUCUGUCUUUACUUUUGGCGUAGGAUUGUCGCUGGCCGAAAUCUGUUCGGCUUACCCAGUUACUGGCGGUCUCUACAUUUGGGUUUCCCGUCUGGCUCCUCCGGAAUGGGUCCCUAUCAUGUGCUGGCUGACAGGUUGGUGUAACUGGCUUGGUCUCACAGUAGCCAUCACGUCCGCUGAUUUGGGUCUCGCACAAUUCAUGUCGUCUGUCAUUGGCAUCAAGGACCCCAAUUACAAUGCUGGAAUUUAUUGGCAAUAUGGUAUUUUCCUGGUCGUUUUGUUCAUCCACGGUGUCAUCAAUUCCAUGCACGUCAAAUACAAUGGUUUCUUUAACCAGACUUCAUUAUACUGGCAUCUCGUUGGCACUCUACUUAUUAUUGUCGUCGCUCUGGUCUUGACGCCCAAUAAACCAAGCGCGAAAUGGGUCUUUACCUAUUUUGAAAAUGAUACGGGUUUUUCGUCCAAUUCCUAUGCAUUUUUGAUAGGCCUUUUACAAUCUCAAUACACUUUAUCUGGCUUUGACAGUGCUGCUCAAAUGUCCGAGGAAACGAGGGACGCUGCGCGUGCGGCUCCUCUGGGCAUCCUCUAUGCUAUUGGUACGGCCGCUAUCACAGGUUUCGUGUUCAUCCUUUCGGUCAAUUUCUGUGUACAAGAUUUCCAAGUUCAGGUCGUCGAGACAACACUUUCGCCUCAGAUGACGCAGGUCUUUUUGGAUGGAGCUGGUUAUAAGUGGACAGUUGUCUUCACGGUGAUCAUCAUGGGCGCUAUGUUCUUUUCUGGUUCGGCCUUGACGCUGGGCAGUUCACGUAUGAUCUAUGCUUUUGCUCGUGAUGGUGCCACUCCUUUCAGUCGUUGGCUGAGUGUGAUCAACCGAUCCACACAGACGCCGAUUUACGCUGUUUGGGCCAACAUUAUUUUUGCUGCUGUUGUUGGGUUACUCUAUAUCCUCAACGAAACCGCUUUCAAUGCCAUUGUGUCCAUCAAUACCAUCGCUUCCUCGUUGGCGUAUUUCAUUCCUAUCGCUCUUCGCUUAACAGUAGCUCGCAAGUCAUUCAGACGUGGUCCUUUUCAUAUGGGUCCCUUUUCAGAUCUCGUCAACUUUACCAGUUGCAUUUGGAUUCUCUUCACUUCUAUCUUGUUUAUCUGCCCUACGAAAUACCCCGUGACAGCGGAUAAUAUGAAUUACUCGUCUGUUAUUUUUGUGGGUGUUAUGUUAUGGUCGAUUGCGUAUUAUCACUUCCGAGCUCGAAAAUGGUUCAAUGGUCCUGGCAAAAGUCUUGAACAGGAUCCACCAUUGACUGUUGUGUCCUAUAAUGACUCGAUUGAUUCAAUCAGCUAUGUUCAGGGGCAAGUUGGAAGCGGCUCUUCUCCCGCGAACUGCGAUGAUACCAAAAAAGGUCCCUUUGCAACCCAUUUGGGUUAGAAGUUUUCAUCUAUUUGCUCUUCCUUUUCUUUUUCACCCUUUUCUUUUUGUAUAUCCAUUUUAUCUAUAAUUUGGUUCCUCUCCCCUCUAACUAUGUUUAACAACAGAAAAAGUCUUAUGUAAAUAUUCCUCAACUUAUUGUAACAAUAUAAAUGGGGUUUAUAGCUUUAAUGAGGC